UAACCAUCACUUUUUUGAAUUUUUUGUUUGAGUUUAAGAUAAAUUCCUAAAAGAAAAGAAUAUUAAAAAUGAAAUUAAUAAGUUUCAUAGUUUUAUGCACUUUAGCAGCUGCAGUUAAGGGUGCAAUAUCAAAAGAAGCCGUUGAAACUGUACGUACGUUAUCAAAUGAAUGUUUGAAAGAAAUCGGAGCUACUGAUGCUGUGUUCGAUGAAAUGAUCAAAAAUUUACCUGCCACAAAUAUGGAAGUUAAAUGUCUUCGAGCAUGCUUAAUGAAAAAAGUCAAUGUGCUUACUCCUGAUGGAAAGUUGAAUAAGGAAAAUGCCCUAAAAAUGGCUGAAAUGCAUACAGAAGGAGAUGCUGAGAAAAUGAAAAUUGCUCACGCUGUUGCAGAUGCAUGUGAAGCUAUUUCGAUUCCCGAUGAUCAUUGCGAGGCUGCUGAGGCGUAUAAAAUGUGCAUAUUAUCCGAAGCAAAGAAGCACGGAGUCAAUGGUUUGAUUUAAUUCUAAAUAAAUCAAACUAAAUCAAUUUUAAAUAACUUUUUUAAAUUAUGUUGAAAAAUUGAAUUUUCUAAUAAAAAUUUUUUCAUAUAAUA